AAAGAGUUGCACCAGGUCCCUUUCCUUUGCCAAUCAUUGGAAAUCUUCAUUUGAUUGGUGAUAAACCCCACAUAUCACUUACCCAACUCGCAAAAAAAUAUGGCCCAAUUAUGAAUCUCAAAUUGGGACAAAUAAACGCAGUGAUCAUUUCGUCGUCCCUCUGGGCAAAAGAAGUGAUGCAAAAGCAAGAUUUAGCCUUUUCUAAUAGGUUUGUUAUUGACGCUCUCCGUGCCUGCAAUCACAAUGAUUUCUCAGUUAUAUGGUUACCUGUCAACAAUUCUCAGUGGAGAACGCUUCGUAAGAUUAUGAACUCUCACAUCUUCUCAGGAAACAAGCUAGACGCUAACGAGCAUGUGAGGACAAAAAAGAUCCAGGAGUUGAUUGAUUACUGUCACAAAAGUAGCAAAGUUGGUGAAGCAGUGGAUAUCGGCAGAGCAGCUUUUAGAACUUCCUUAAAUUUGUUGUCCAACACCAUUUUCUCUAAAGAUUUGACUGAUCCAUUUUCCGAUUCUGCUAAGGAAUUUAAAGAAUUGGUGUGGAAGAUCAUGGUUGAAGUUGGUAAACCCAAUUUGGUGGACUAUUUCCCCUUUCUUAAAAAGAUUGAUCCACAAGGUAUAAGACGAAGCUUAACUGAUUAUUUUACUAAAAUUCUUCACCUUAUGAGUGAUUUGAUCGAUGAGCGGCUAAAGGAAAGGGAAUUGGGAAAUCGUGAAAAUGUUGAUGUGUUAGAUGCCCUUCUCGACAUUAGCCCUGGUGAAAUUGACAGAAAUCAAAUCGAGCAACUGUGUUUGGUUAGUUUAUUCUCUACUCCUACUUCUCCUAUUUAAAUAAACUUUAUGUUC